AUGUAUGCGAACUGGAAUGGUGCGACUGAUGUUGAACCAUGGAGAUUUUACGGUAGUACGUCAGAGUACGGCCCCUUUGAGGGAACGGCCUUUGCGAGCAAGAACGGUUUCGAGACCAGAGCCAUGGCUCCGUUCUUCGCCGAUCAUGCGUAA